AUGCAGCCGCCGAGUUCAGUGGAAGAGACCAAAGUCUCCGAUAGCAUCACCUCAGAUGGUAUCAAGAAACGCAGGAACGUUCAGAAGAAAGCGGAUAAAUCUACGGACGCAGCCAAGGUCGACCUCGUCAGUAUUGCUACGUCUUCUAACCAGUUAUCCGAGACCCGUCGUCCUGGUCCCUAUCGUGGCAAAUGUAUGUACCAGUCCCGCAAAUGCGAGAAUGAACGAGCUAUUAAACGCAAUGGCAAACCUCAUAAUUUGUGUGAGGAGCACCGAUCCAAGCAGAACCAGCACCAACGCAAAUUCGACGCUAAAAAGUUUUCAAGGAAGAGACGACGGGACAGUUUGUCGGAUGAGGAUGCGACGCAGUCACGUCCAAGGGAGGAGUCGAGUAUUAAACACCGCAAGACGAGCGAGGAAGCUGAAACCCGAACACCCUCUCGCGCUCCUACUUCGAGUGGAUUGUCAGGGAUCAGCGGGAACUUUUACUCUACAGCAAAUGCUACGGCCGUGACGACUCCGUUGAUGAAGCUACCAUCGAUUCAGAGUCCUGUUGGAUUGUACCUAAGCUCCAAAUUUCGAGCUGAAGAGGUUCCUAUGGCUCAGAGGAGAGUGCAAACUCCGCGUGUUGGCCAUCGACCGUUUAUUCAGCAACACCCGACGGGCUAUUCGCAUUCGGAGCUCGUAGCUGCGAGUGUAUUGGUCCAGCCACAACACUCUCCUCCCCACGUUCCAGUAUCAAACAGAGAAUCUCCGAUAUCAGACGACAACAGAACUCCAUUUAUGAUAACUCCACGAGUGCUUCCGUCGCUGAUGGCUUCUCCUUCAAGUGCUUUAUCGCCCAGUCCGAAUUAUCGCCUCGGUGGAGUGGGACUUUCUUCAUUACACCGCUUAGCGUCAGUGGUGAUGACACCAGAUUCAAGUCUUUCUGUGUCUCCGGCGACGUCAUCUGGCAAUAAGCUGCCGCCUCUCAAAGCGUUUGGGCGGCUAAGGUCACCACUGUCGUCGUCGGCCUCGAAGUCUCUGCAGAAGUGA